AUGGAUGCGGUUCGAGCUGGGCCGUUGGGCAGUCUCUUCCGCCCAGAUAACUUUGUUUUCGGACAGUCAUCUGCUGCCAAUAACUGGGCCAAGGGUCACUACACUGAAGGCGCAGAGCUGGUUGAAGAAGUAGUUGACGUGGUCCGUCGUGAGUCUGAGAGCUGCGACUGUCUUCAGGGUUUCCAGAUUACCCACUCCCUUGGCGGUGGUACUGGUUCCGGAAUGGGCACUCUGUUGUUAUCCAAGAUUCGAGAAGAGUUCCCUGAUCGCAUGAUGGCCACAUUCAGUGUGGUGCCGUCCGCUCAAACAUCGGAUACCGUCGUGGAGCCGUACAACACAACUCUGUCGAUUCACCAACUGGUUGAAAACUCGGACGCCACAUUUUGUAUCGACAACCAAGCCUUGUACGAUAUAUGUCAACGAACGCUCAAGCUCUCCAACCCAUCAACUGGUGACCUCAACCACCUGAUCUCGACAGUCAUGUCUGGAAUAUCUACUUCUCUGCGGUUCCCAGGCCAACUGAACUCUGAUUUGAGGAAGAUUUGUGUCAACUUGGUUCCGUUUCCACGUCUUCACUUCUUCAUGGUGGGCUUUGCUCCCCUGACAGCUCGUGGCAGCCAUGCAUUCCGAUCUGUCACGGUGCCCGACUUAACACAGCAGAUGCUAGACCCUCGAAACAUGAUGGCGCAAUCUGACUUCCGUAAUGGCCGCUUUCUGACAUGCUCGGCCAUGUUCCGCGGCAAGCUCUCCGGCAAGGAAGUGGAAGAGCAAAUGCGUAAAGCCCAGGACAAGAAUUCCGCCUAUUUCGUGGAUUGGAUCCCAAAUAAUGUUCAAACAUCGCUGUGUACCGUGCCGCCAAAGGGUUUGAAGAUGGCAUCCACAUUCAUAGGAAAUUCUACUGCUAUCCAGGACAUCUUCAAGCGGGUCGGGGACCAAUUUGCCGCCAUGUUCCGUCGCAAGGCAUACCUACACUGGUACACUGGUGAAGGUAUGGACGAGAUGGAGUUUACCGAGGCUGAGUCGAAUAUGAACGACUUGAUUUCCGAGUAUCAGCAGUAUCAGGAGGCUACUGCGGGUGAUGACCAGGAAGGAGAUUAUGAUGAGGCUCCCCCUGCUGAGGAGCAUCUGCAUCAAGACUGA